GGGUCGAGGCGCCGGCGCACUCACUCUUCUUCAGACGGCAGCCAUGGCGGGACAGGAGGAUCCGGUGCAACGAGAGAUUCACCAAGACUGGGCGAACCGGGAAUACAUUGAAGUCAUCACCAGCAGCAUCAAGAAAAUCGCGGACUUUCUCAAUUCGUUCGAUAUGUCUUGUCGUUCAAGACUUGCAACACUAAAUGAGAAAUUGACAGCCCUUGAACGGAGAAUAGAGUACAUUGAAGCACGGGUGACAAAAGGCGAGACGCUCACCUAGAACUAUGCUGUUCUGCUGCUGGGAAGUUGCUUUACAGAACACAGGCCACGUGGGAAAGGCCCCAGCAGCCUUCAGCUCCUUGUCUCCUUAAAGAACAACAGGGCUUUUUCUUGUUUUUCUUUUUUCAAAAGUGUGGCCUUUGGGCUCUGCCAUGUACCUCUGGGAGUGUGAUGUGGCAUGGGGGAGAAGUCCAGGGGAAUUGUUGGAAACAACAUUAGGCAUUUUACCUUUUCAGUAACAUUUUAUGGACCUACUUAUCAAUGUAUUUGAGGUGUUCAAAGCCAACAGUCUGAGAUUCUUUGUUAAGGUCCUUUCACUUCUGUUUCUCUCUCAGACUUUUCUCUUUGCCUCUGCACUGAUUCUGUGGACAGUCUUUGUCUCAUUCCCACCUUGGAUAGGAGGUGGGGGGCAGUCCUGCUUGAGAUACUUGUGCACUGGCAGUGGCUGCCAGAGAAUGUUAUUGCAAACCCACUGAUUUCCCUUUUUGGGGAGGUCAAGGCCAGGCCCCCACCUGGCUUAAAAGGACAUUUCAGAGUUUUCUUUCUGUCACUUGGGGUGUCUAUGCCUCUCAUAUUUCCUUAAUAAACUCUUCAACUUCA